UGACAAAGAAAGAAAGAAGUGCAGGAUUGAGAGAUGGCUCUCCCGCAAUGUCCAUUCCCAUCAUCAUCAUCAUCUUCUUCUGCCGCACUUUGUGUACACGGCUCAUCUCUCAGCCGCACCUCUAUCUUUCCCCACCACUUGAACUUCAGGUAUAGGCACAUUCCAGAUUUACCCUCGACUGCCCGGAUUAGGACCACCUGCUCUGCUGCUUUCUCUGCCUCGCCCAAUUUAUCCAUAACCUCUUUUUCUCAGUUGAUUGAAGCUUUAAUAAGUGGAAAAGACUUGACUGAAUCUGAAGCUGAAGAAUCUCUUGAGUUUCUGUUGGAUGGUGCAGACGAAGCUCUGAUUAGUGCAUUUCUUGUUCUCUUGAGGGCUAAAGGAGAAACAUAUGAAGAAGUGGUGGGAAUGGCAAGGGCUAUGAUAAAACAGUGUAGAAGAGUUGAAGGAUUAGAAGGCGCAGUUGUUGACAUUGUUGGCACAGGAGGUGAUGGCGUAAACACUGUAAACAUCUCAACUGGCGCUUCCAUUCUUGCUGCUGCUUGUGGUGCCAAAGUUGCUAAGCAAGGGAAUAGGUCAAGCUCAUCUGCUUGUGGAAGUGCUGAUGUACUGGAAGCUCUAGGGGUUGCUAUUGAGCUAGACCCCGAGGGGGUAAAAAAGUGUGUAAAUGAAGCAGGAAUUGGAUUUAUGAUGUCCCCCAUCUACCACCCAGCAAUGAAGAUUGUUAGUCCUGUCAGGAAAAAACUAAAAGUCAAGACAAUAUUUAACAUCCUGGGCCCAAUGUUAAAUCCAGCCAGAGUUCCUUUUGCUGUUAUUGGAGUCAGCAAAGAAAACCUUGUCUACAAAAUGGCUAAAGCAGCUCAACGGUUUGGCAUGAAAAGAGCAUUGGUAGUUCACUCAGAAGGCCUAGAUGAGAUGAGUCCUCUUGGAAGGGGCUCAAUCCUUGAUGUUACUCCGACUAAGAUUGAGAAAUUCCCAUUUGACCCAUUGGAUUUUGGCAUUCCACGCUGCACUUUGGAGAGCUUGAAAGGUGGAUACCCGGACUACAAUGCUAUGACACUUAAGCGAGUUCUAUGCGGCGAAAGUGGACCAAUUGGUGAUGCAUUGGUGUUAAAUGCAGCUGGAGCUCUUUUUGUCAGUGGACUUGUAGAAAGUUUGGAUGAAGGAGUGAGUCUUGCUCGAACAACAUUACUCUCAGGCAGAGCUUUGGAUGCUCUCCAUCUUUGGAUUCAAGUUUCAAAUAAUGUCAAAGAGUCGUCACAUCUCAAGAGUAUAAGCAUAGCUCCCCACUAAAGUGGGCCCCGCUAACUCUUAACGAAUUUUACAACGGCGGUCACUCCUAAUGCUUGGCCAGCUGAGGAGAGAGUAUCUUGAUCCUGCUUCUUUUCCUUGGGAAUGCCAUCAUAAUAAAAAAUAAUAUUAGCCUUAUAUAUUUUUUGGUACAUGGGAAAAUAAUAUUAGCCUUUAUUAUCACUGUACAAUUUAUAGAGAAAUGGUUUUCAAGGGUUAUUAGUAGUUUAUUACUGUACAUUUAUUUCUAGUGCUAUAAAUUGUUGGGUUAAUGGUAGGGGUGGAUCGGUUUCGGUUCGGGCCCGGUUCGGGCCUGGGCUCGGCCGGGCCUCGGUUCAUGAAAGGGGAGGCCCAAAACCGGCCCGGGUAACCCCGGGUCCGGGCCGGGCCAGGCCUCGGUUUUUAUAUUUUUUUUUGGCUUUUCCUAAUUAACCCCCAACCCUCCCUCCUCACCCCCAAACCACCCCAAACCACCUCAAAUGGCCCAUCAUACCCAGCCCAACCCAAAAACUUAAAAAAAAUUCAAAAAAAAAAAAUAAAAAAAUAAUAAUUUGGCUCGGACCGGGCCCGAACUGGCCGGGCCGAUUCAUGAUUUAGGAGGCCCGGGCCCGGCCCGCCUACCUCACCGGGCCGGGUGGCCCGAACCGGGCACCAACCGGGUCACCGGGCCGGUCCGGGCCCGCACAGUAGCAGGUCGGUCCGGUUCCGGGUCUGUUGGCCCGGCCCGAGUCCACUCCUAGUUAAUGGGUCCAGUACAGAUCGGCCCAUUACCCUUAGGAUCUUGAGGUCAUCUGUACCCAAAAUUGGUAGACGGUCGGCUUCUGACGCAUUUUGCCUAACACAGGCCAGAAUGCCAGAUAAUGUAUGGGCCGUGCGGAUCCAUGGCCUUUUACAUCAGUGAACCCAAGCUGGUCGUAGAGAGGACGCUUGUCCACCCAGGGGCGUAUCUAGCGUGGGGGCAGGGGGCAGCUGCCCCCACUCAACCCCCACCUUACCCCAUUAUAUAUAUAUCAAAUUUUAUUUGUGUGUAUAUAUAUAUAUAGGGAAGAGAUCAAAUAAAAAGAGGUUCUCCCGUGCAAAGUGUGAACGAUUGCACUUUUGGUGUUUCUGUUGCCCUUUUUCGCGAUGGCAAAAAACUUCAUUUUAAUUACGAAAUUGCCAUCGCGCUUUUGAUCAAAUUUAGUUCACUUUUGGCUCAUUUUGAGUCAUUAGAUCUGAAA